AUGGAAUAUUUAGGUGAGGUCGUCAUAUCAACAUCCAAAGACGAUCCCAAUAUUUAUAUUUGGGAGCCUCCCACGCUAUCACUCCUCGCUCAUUUCACCGAAACCAUUUCUCUACACAAGCAAAGCUUAACUCUCUCCAAUAACACAAUAAUUGCCCCUCAAGGCCACAAAUCAUUAAUCAAUUAUUACAGGUUUGGCAAAGAAGCCCCAGAAAAAAAGUCCUCGACCCUUGAACAAGUUUCUGCAAUAAUCAGCUACAAUUGGAUGAUUCUGGCUGGAACAGUCCAAGGCCAGCUUAUGUUAUGGGACAUAAACACAGGAGUGUUAAUGCAUAUAUGGAAGCCUCACUUUAAUAAAGUCACUGCCUUACAAAUAAUUGAAGGAUUUUUUAUCAGUGCAAGCGAAGAUGCCUCAAUACAAGUUUUCGCAGUUUCCCAAGUUUUGGCUGGAAAUUAUAUGCCUUUUAGGAAUUUUUCCCAACACUUAAUGCCUAUCACAGAUAUGGCUGUAUUAGGGACAAGCAUUUUUUCAUGCUCUAGAGAUCGGUCAUUUAAAGUGUAUAGAAAUUGGGAAUUUUUUUACGAAAAAUUCGUAAAUUGUCCAUUAAAUGCGAUUGAAGUAAGCGAGCAAGGCAAUAACAAACUUUAUGUAGCUGGAGAUGAUGGGAAAGUUUAUUUUAAUAGAAAUAAUGAAAUUUUAACCUGGGAUAUCGACCAAAGGCCUAUCACAAAUUUAGUCCUUACCACAAAUGAGCAAUUUUUACUAGCCUCGACCGACAAAGUUUUUGUGUUAAAUCCACAAACUGGCCAAAAAAUAAAAACUUUUACUCCCCCCCCUCCGUGAGUGAACAAAACCAUUAGAAAAAUCGCUAUUUUUUGCCAAAAACCCACCUCCGUGAGUGAACAAAAAUUUUGAUAUAUAAAUAAUAAUUAGUAUAAUGAAAUCUAGAGCUAAUUCUAUUUAAUUUUAAACGAAUUGCUUUUUAAAACAUAAAUUUUACAAAUUGAAUUAAUAUUUGCUUUCCAAUUUUUGCGAAUUAGGAUUUUUUUAAAUUUCGAAAAAAAAAAUUUUUUAUAAAAUUUAUAUAUAAAUUUUUUAAAAAAAAAAAUUACCCCCCUCCGUGAGUGAACAAAAUUUUUUUGUUCACUCACGGAGGGGGGGAGUUAGCAUUCACAAAGGAGAAGUUGUCAGCUUAUUUUGCAUACCAAGACCAAGUGAUUUUACAGAGCAAAUGCUCACACAUCAGCCUGUAAAAAUCUUAAAAAAACAGCUGGAAGGAGAGCCUGAUACAAUAGGAUUUGAAUUCCAAAGGAAAAAAUUUGAGCCAAAUGAAGAAAAUAAAGAAGACCAAAAUAUUGCAGCGAACUCUGAAGAAAUUGAAAGGCUUAACCAGAUCAAUGGGCAUUUAUAUAGACUUUGGAUAGAACAUUGCAUUUAA